AUGCCGCCGUUUUGUGUCGAUGGCUUCUUGCGUGUCGAUUACUCCCUGUCGGUGUCCAUCUCAAUUAUCAGAACCUACUACAGUGCCAACCGACGUUGCGAACGGUUUCUUGAUGGCACGAUUCAAGCUAAGGAUAGAAUGAUCAGCCAGAGUACGAAGGACUCAGGAAAGCGAUCGCUAUCCUCACCUCUUACAGCCGGUCUUGAGGCCAUGAACCUUGAGGCACGCAUCGUCUACGUUAUCGAGGAAGAUGACAUGUCAAAAAAUGGCUAG